CCCUUUCGUCCUCUCCACUUCCUCUCUCUCGCCAAGCCGGCGGCAUGCCCAAGGCCCCGCCCCCCUCCGCCCGCCCCGCGCUGCGCAGGAAUCAGGCCUGCCUCUCGUGCAGGAAGAGGAAGCUCAAAUGCGACGCUGCCCGACCCCACUGCACCACUUGCGUCAAGCAAUGGCAAUCUCUCAUCAGCGUGCCCCCUCCCGUAGGAUACGCGCACCCGACGGAGCCGCAAUGCUCGUACGAUCCCGUAGAAGGCCUUCCAAUUGCUCCAAACGUCGAGCCUAGCGAGAGGAUACAUAUGCUGGAGGAGCAGAUUUCGCAACUGAAGAGCCAGCUCAACGAGCAGCGGCACUACGACUCGCGUUCUGCGUCCCCCCGACGUGCCCAUAUCUCCCACCAUGGCGGGCAUCGUAUGGCCUCUGGGUCGUCGAGUGGACAAACCCCUGAACAUAGCCCCAAUGGCGGCGGCAUCAUCCUCCCACAUGCGUCUUUGGACGCCGUUCAUCAUCUUUCACCAGACAGCACCGGCUCACUAGCGCGGAAUUCCACGUCUAGCCCGGAACUGAGGCAUGGUAACCAGCAUGUUGUGCCGGAUCCCCUCAUGGACAUGCUGUUUGCGGGGUGGGAUCCCGACCUCCCUGACCCUGACACCCUGGAUCACUACAUCGACAUUUUCUUCAAGUGCGACCCCUGUGGCUCGCGUGUUUUGCACAAGCCGUCUUUCCUUGCCUCAAUGCACCUGCACCCGAAAGAUUCCAACUAUCCGCAUCCGGCGAUUCUGCAUGCAAUUUGUGCUUCUGCGUCCAGAUGGGCGUCUCAGGAGAUAGUGACUCUGCCCGACGGCACACGCAGGGACAAGUUUGCCGACAUCCAUGUCAGCAAAACGCGGGCAUUCAUCGACAGGACGAUGGCGACUGGCCAGGACAUCUUCCCGGUCAUGCAAGCGUGCAUCAUUCUAUCUUGGUACUUCUAUCAAGAGGGACGGUGGGUGGAAGUGUGGAUAUUUGCGGGCUUCCAAACGCGCGCAGCUGUCCCACUGCGGCUCAACUAUCCCGGGACCUUCUCUGCAAUCGGAGCAAGCAGCCCGGGCGCGUAUCUUGCGCCGCCGAAGGACUGCAGGGACUUGGAAUGCCGGCGGCGUACGUGGUGGAUGACCGUCAUGUUCGACCGCAUUGUAUCCGUGGGAGGGUGGUUGCAUGGCGUAGAUGAGCGGGAUAUUGGCACGGAGCUUCCGCUCCGGCGCAUUGACUUCGAAGCUGGGGCAAACGUGCCCCCUAAUCCACAAGACAUGUUCACAGAUGACGUCUUCGUGCGGCAUCCGCCCAUGUACACGGAUUCAUUCAUCCUCUUCCUCAAGGCGGUGAUGAUAUUCGGCAAGGUCACGGAUUACAACACCCGCAGCAACCUUCGUGCCAACGCUCCACCGUCGAAGAACCAAAACCCGUUCGUGCUCCCCGGCUUCAAGGAGCUGGAUCGGCUGGUCGCGCAGGACUUUCUCCAGAGUCUUCCUUUGGAGUUUAAGCAUCUCGACAUCACUAGCGACGGUGUCCUGGAUACCGACCUCUACAUGGUCCAUCUCGUUCCACACGCUGCCGCGAUCACCCUGCACAACCCCUAUCUCAACUUCUCCGACUCGGCGAGCUUGUCAACGAGGCGGUGUAUUCAUGCCACAAGGUCCAUCCUUGCGGCGUACUACCGACUCUCCGAGACGUCGCUUGACCACACGCGUCUGCAUCCGUUUGCGACAAUCUGCUGGUAUCUAGCCGCUGUCGUCCAAACGCAGCUAUGCAAGUACUUCAUUGAGAUUGGGGACACGGCCAGGGAGCAGACGGUCUGGGGGGAGAUCAACGCCCUUCGCUUCGCGAUGCUCAACUAUGGAAGCCGGUCUCCCAUAGGCACGCGGCAGGAGAAGCUCCUGCAGGGCCUGAUGACUGAAAUCGUCAGGAUGACUACCCAGAUGCAGCCGCUCGAGGUCGGCGUGCCUCUCUACCCGUUCUCGCACGCCGGGGUCUUCUCAAAGGAGACGAUGCCGACGGACGGAACUGGGGCGCCGCUCCCGGACAGCACGCAGUACGAGUCGACGUCGGACUCGCCGACGGCGAUGACGGGCCUCGUCGGGUCCAUGUCUGCCACCUCCGCCUCCUCUCCCACCGCUCCUUCUCUCUCCAGCUGGGCGACACCCGCCGUGCACUCGAUCUCGUACGGGCACGGGGGUCCGUACCAAUAAACCCUCCUUGCCUCGAUCUCUCUCUCUCCCAAACCUGUCGGUCCCCUCGAACAGUCGUAGAAUGCGUUGCCCGGUGCCGCCUCGCGCUGGGUGUCCCUGUUGUCUCAUCCCGCCCGUCGGGUCCCGUUGUGCUUCUUGUCGCGGACUUAUGGUCUUCUGUUUUGGCUUGGAAGGACUGUAUAAAUAGCAAGCAGCGACCCGCUCCACUGUGUAUAAAAGCUUGUUCACCGGGUUGUUCUUCUCCGGGGCCGCCGCCCCAUUCAGUCGGUUCGUUUGUAGGCGUUAGCGUGGACAGUUGGUGCGCGGCGGGGUGCUUCGCCGCGCGGGGUGCUGCCGUACCAGGACUUUGGAAUGUUCUUUGGCUGUUUACGCUCUAGUAGUUUUAGUACCCCUUUCGUUUGCCUAGCUAGACAUCGGAAUACAAUGACGAAUUUUCAA